AUGACGCCACAGGAGAACAAGUCUGGGUGCCCAUCCGCCGGGUCCGUGAGGUUGCGCCCCGUUGAUGCCCCAGGGGAAGGAGGCCGCGGCGGAAGAACAAGACCGUCCGGAGACAGAGGCUGCCUUCAACACGCCCUUAGCUGCCUGCUUGCCAUGAUCCAGUUGGCGACCCCAUCCACAGCUGCUCCUGCCGUCUUGCCACCCCUGGCAGUGACUCCCACGCAUUGGGCCCUUACCCCAAAUCUCCCGAUGUUCCAGUUGGUGACCUGCAGCCCAUCCUGUCUGUGUAACUCAAUUAGAAAGCCUUCUAGCACUGCCACUACUUUCACCACUGAACUGCACAUGUUAGAUGAGGCCAUUGCGGCCAUACAGACUGCCACUAUACACAUUCAAUGCGACCGGGACAGAACUGUAACAACGCCAAGGACUGGUGGGACACUCUUCAUGUCCAUCAAUUACUCCAAUGGGCCUCCAUUGGGGGGUUUGUCCUCGUCCUUGCCCUUCUCACCUCUGCUUGUUGACUCCGGCGUACUGCCUGGUGAUUCUCCUCUCGCAUCCCCUGAGAGGAGCCGGACGUCCGAAGACCCGGGCAGGGUGAAGAUGAAGAAUAACUCUAUGCUAAAUGAAUUUAUUUUGUUAGGACUCACCAAUUCUUGGGAGCUUGAGAUUCUUUUUGUGAUCUUCUUCCUGGCCUACACAUCAAUCAUGGCUGGAAACACUCUCAUUAUACUGAUGGUGACCUUUGAAUCCCACUUGCACUCCACUCCCAUGUACUUCCUCCUGGCCAACCUCUCCUUUCUCGACAUGACCCUUUCCACUGUUACUGUCCCUAAGAUGAUCACAGACUUCUUCAGGGAGAGGAAAACCAUCUCAUUAUGGGGCUGCAUGGCUCAGAUGUUUUUAGUUCACUUCUUAGGAGGCAGUGAGAUGAGUCUACUUGUAGUGAUGGCUAUAGAUCGAUAUGUUGCAAUAUGUAAACCCCUCCACUAUACAACAAUUAUGAACCGUCGAAUUCUGUUAGGGAGUGUGUUUCUCUCAUGGGUUGUUGGCUUUGUGCACACCAUGAGCCAAAUGGCCUUUGUGGUGAGCUUACCCUUUUGUGGCCCCAAUGUGAUUGAUGAUGUUUUUUGUGACCUUCCCCUGGUGAUGAGCCUUGCCUGUACUGAUACCUAUAUCCUGGACCUCCUUGUCAUUGCUGACAGUGGGCUGCUCUCACUGAUCUGCUUCAUACUCUUGCUUGUCUCCUAUACUGUCAUCUUGCUCACUGUCCACCGUUGCUCCUCUGGUGGGCUUUCUAAGGCUCUGUCUACACUGUCUGCUCACAUCACAGUAGUAACUCUCUUCUUUGGACCAAUUAUCUUAAUCUAUGCUUGGCCAGUUAGUAGCUAUGCAUUAGACAAAUUCCUCUCAGUGUUUUUCUCUGUUAUCACUCCUCUCCUGAAUCCAAUUAUCUAUAGUUUAAGGAAUCAGGAGAUGAAGGAAGCCAUGAUUAGACUGAGGAGCCGGCACAUCAGUUCUAGGCCAGUCCUCUAG